AGGUGUCUUGUAUUCACGCAAAUGAGCAAAAUGCUGGACAUUCUUGAAGCCUUUCUUAAUUUGAACGGACACACGUAUCUUCGUCUCGAUGGAAGCACAGGCGUCGAUCGACGGCAGAGGCUCAUGGAUAGGUUCAACAACGACCCCAAACUCUUCUGCUUCAUUUUAAGCACACGAAGCGGAGGGUUGGGGAUAAACCUUACUGGAGCGGAUUCGGUUAUCUUCUAUGACAGCGAUUGGAACCCUGCCAUGGACGCCCAGGCACAAGAUCGGGCCCACAGAAUAGGGCAAACCAGGGAUGUUCAUAUUUAUCGUUUCGUUACAGAGCACACGAUCGAAGAAAAUAUUCUAGUUAAGGCACAGCAGAAGCGUAAUCUU